AUGCAUCGACUUUUUGCUGAGCUGGAGCCAUCUGUAACCGUCACCGAGCAAAACCUGGCAGACCGAGUUUGGUAUAUCUUGCGCUCAAAUACAUUUGAUGUCACCGAACUCGAACGGCUACGACGUGAGGCUGUUCCUUCAUCGGGUGAAAAUGCUGCGGCUGAGGAUGCGGCGCCACAACUUGCUGAGCAAACGGCAAAUGUGGAUGCCGCCGUGAAUAGGCCAGUUGUGGUUGAUUCAAACGAUGACGGAACAGUCGCCCAGGAACUGGAACUAGAGCAAAUGAGGAGUACAUUGGAGGAGGCGAUUGUGGAAACACGCAGUAUGCCUCUCGAAAAUCGACCGCGACUUCCCCGCAUAGCCCUAAGCAAACGGAACGGGGCUGUCGUGAGGGCUCUGAACCCAAUGCUGGUGACCUGUUUGGAAGCCAGCCGAGACCUUUGCGAGACGGACUCAAUUCUUUUUGGCGCCGCGUUGGCAGUCUGCCGUAUCAUAGGCACCAAGGUUUCCACGGCUGGACGCGCUACUGGCCAUAGUAGCGCUAUCCCAGCAUGGAGAAGAAGAAUUGAGGAACGUAUCGCAAGGGCUAGGGCCCUCAUCGGCAGUCUGAUAUGCUUCAGGUAA